GUAAGUUGUUCGGUGUUGGAGAGGUGCUGUGAGUGAGUGAGUGAGUGUGUGUGCGCCGCAGGAGGGGUGCAGAAAGCGACCAAUCAGAUCCACAGUCCCGGCGACACUUGAAAAGCAGGGCGUAACUUUUGUGGCAACUUUCGCAGUAAGAUCCUCCUCCUCCUCCUCUUUACGCGCUGUCCUCAAGCUUAUAUGUGCGGGAGAGUAAAGCAGACUCUUUACUGUUCUGUCUCGGCUCUGCGCGGUGGGAGAAGACUAACAACACAAGCAAGCAACGAGAAACUCAGCCUUCCUUCUCUGAGUUUCAGAGCACGUCUGAGACGUAGCCUUUUCUGUUCCGUAUCUUUUGCACAAAGUCUAAGCCAGUGGCAAACUAAACGCCUUCGCAUCCAAAGGCUCCAGGUCGGUCCUCAAAUGAGAGAUCAUCUGCGACUGUCUUCUUCUGAAGAAACAGAAAUGUCUGCGACCAUCCUGUCCGCUUUCUACGACAUCGACAUGCUGUACAAGCAGGAGAAGAGCCUCAACAUUAACGCCAUUCACAUUAACAGCAUGCUGGAUAAGAAAGCAGUCGGGGCCCCGGUAACAACCUCCAGCAGCAGCAGCAGCAGCAACAGCUGCAACUCGUACGCGUCAGGAUUCUUCCGUCGAAACUCCACCAGCAACAUGGAGUCCAUGACAAACGGCAACAAGUACCCCGCCAGCUCCUACAGCAGCAGCAUGAAGGAGAACGCCAUCAUGAACAAGGAGAACAAGUUCCGCGACCGCGCCUACAGCGAGAGCGCCCAGCAGCUGCAGCAGAAGCCGGGCUCGCAGAUCAACUCCACCCGCUACAAGACGGAGCUCUGCAGGCCUUUCGAGGAAAACGGCGCUUGCAAGUACGGCGAGAAGUGCCAGUUUGCGCACGGCUACCACGAGCUGAGAAGCCUGUCUCGCCACCCCAAGUACAAAACCGAGCCCUGUCGUACUUUCCACACCAUCGGCUUCUGCCCGUACGGUCCACGGUGCCACUUCAUCCACAACGCCGACGAGCGCAGACCGGCGCCGAGCAACGCCAACAGCGUGCAGGGAGAGUCCGCCAAGCCCGCUCGGUGCGAGCCGGUGAGCGGCUACGGACAGCAGCAGCAGCACCGACCGAAACUCCACCACAGCCUCAGCUUCUCGGGUUUCUCCAGCCACCAUCACCACCACGGACUCGACUCGCCCCUUCUCGAGAGCCCCACGUCGCGCACGCCGCCUCCCUCCAGCGGCUCCUCCUGCGCCGCGAGCUUCUACGAAGACGCUCGCUGCCUCGGAAACAGUGCUUUCUCUUUCACCGGCCAAGACCUCAAAGCCCUGCUCGCGCCGCUGGCCGUGCACACGCACAACGGUUAUUACGCAAACCUUCAGGUCAACAUGGGCGACGGCCUCGGCCACUUGCAGUCCCUCCAGCGCCUGUCAGAGUCGCCGGUGUUCGACUCGCCCCCCAGCCCGCCUGACAGCAUCUCUGACCGGGAGAGCUACGCCAGCGGCUCGCUCAGCUCCUCCGGAAGUCUCAGCGGCUCUGAGUCUCCCAGUCUGGACGGCGGGAGGCGUUUGCCAAUCUUCAGCAGGCUGUCGAUUUCCGAUGAUUAAUCUGCUUUUUUUGUUGUUGUUGUUGUGGACUCGAUAGCGGAGGACUCUCUCGUUAGAUAGGUAGUUGAGCAAUAGACUUUUUAAUAUCGAGGGAGAUGGAUUUGUUUUUGUCAGACGCUCGACAUGGCAUUAGUCUGUUUGAACUGCUUUGAAGGCAUUCCACCGGUGCAGUUUGUUGCAUUCUCUUGGUCUUUUUGGACCACCUACUUUCCAGAUUUUUGUACAAAAGACUUGUGAACGUGAAAGACAGAGCGGUUUCAGAUUUUCCUUCAUCCUUGCCAAGAAUAUGCCUUGACGAAAAGUAUACUAGUUUUCAAAGUAUGUACAUUCAUUCCCAAAGUUUAUCCAGUUUCGCGGCGCCACCCAGUGGUUUGGUUGGUUUGUGCAGUUUGAAGCUCUCGUUUGGCUUGUUGGGAAAUCAUUGCUGAUGGUUGAAUAUAUAUUUUCUUUUUUUUUCUUCUUCUUUUUUUUAGCUGAUACGAGUGAUUACAUAGCAGUGCAUAACUGGCUAUGAACUAUUUAACUUAUUUAUUUUAUCUUGUGAAAAGUAUAGGCUACAUUGUUAAUUGUGUCCAUACUGUAUUUAUCGAGUAUGAUGAAGCAAUAGAUCUAUAUUCUUUUAUGUUUAAAUUAUGAUCGCCAUUAUUAAUCUACAUAAAGUGGAGUGUAUGUUCUUUUCACAGUAAUAUAUUU